AUGCAUGGUACCUUGGUCUUCCAUUACCACCUACAUGUUUUCUUUUGCCUCUUCUUACCUCGAUUCUCAAUAAAGUGUACGAUUCUCCAAAAGAUACGACGUGGGGAGGGGUUGCCGAUCCCUCAUGCACCAAAAUAUUUACGGAUACCGACCUGGAAGACGGGCAGACAAGCGCCCAAUGUCCGUACGGAUCCCGACGGAGUAAAAAAGGGUCUGGCAAGUUGCAACCACAAUUAUUAUCACCUGCAGCACAUCUUUUCUCUUUCUCAUGCAAGAUUAGAGCAGUUCAGAAAUGCCUUAUCCUGGUCGACGGAUGGUAUCCGUACUUCAUUUCCAGUUCCAGCACGCUGCAGUUGGGCAAUAAUUACAUUGUGCCACUUUCGCCAUCGUGGACAUCAUCACCUUCAUCACUCAGACCAUGUUCAUGACCCUGACCUUGACCUUGAUCACUUCGGCAAAGCCGCGCAACCAACAGAAGCGGUACCAACGGUCUGGUCGCUAUCCGCGCCGGCAACGGCACCGGUUCUAGCACCAGCAGCUCCCAACAUGCUGAUCGACAUCAUCGAGAUGCCAUCAACCGGCGUUCGGAUGGGCACCCACCCUUCGGACAAACCCCGGAGCCCCAUGGCUUGCCAUUACGAUUCCAUCAGACUACGUCUGGCACGUCCACAAAGGCGUAGAUGUUGA